UUGGAUACCUUCAAUGGUAAUGGAUGGUAAUAAAAUAAGGUAAUGAAACAUUACCAAAAAGGCUCAUUUUCAUUACCACUAAACAACCUGGUAUUAGGUUGUAAUGGUAAUGGAUUAUUGCUGUGUUAAUAAAAUAAAGCAAAUGCGCGUUCCUUUCUCUGAUUUCUCUUCAAGCUUUCUCUCCCUUCUUUCUGUUUCCUUUUGCUCUGCUACUCUCCUUCAAAUUCAAUCAGGUAUUCAUCGUCUUCUGUUUCCUUUUGCUCUGCUACUCUCCUUCAGAUUCAAUCAGGUAUUCAUCGUCUCUUUACCCUUGUUUUCUGAUUUUAAUUUCUGUGUUCAUACGUUUUUAAUUAUUGGUUUUUGUCGAAAAUCCUAUGAAAUUCCUUUUGUUUCGUAUUCAAAUCAAAUGCGUAGUUCUUCGUUUCUUUCAAAAUUUUUCAAAAUUUUUCAAAAUUUCAAAAUUUCUUUCAAAAACAACAGCCUAUAAUUACUUUGAUUGCGUAAUUUAACGAUUUAACAAGUACAGUGUUUUGAUUGUGCUAAUUAAGUGUUUAGGAUUUGAUUUAUAGACUUAUUUGUUUAGGAUUUGAUUUGUAGACUUAUUUGUUUGGGAUUUGAUUUAUAGAUCAUUUUUAGGAUUUUAUGACUAAUUUCUUAUGAAAAGGGAGAAAUUGAGAGUAUUUUUGUUUGAUUUGAUAGCAAAACUAGUAUUUAGCUGAUGAAGAAUUGGGGAAACUGCGUACUGAUCUUGAUUUUAUGUGUUUGAAUCAGUAUAAGCUAUAGUUAUAGAAUGUCUUUUACACAGGUUGUUGUUGGCUUGCAGAAGUAUUGGCAUUAGAUUGUUGUGAUGAUUAUAACAAUGACAAUAACAUGUUUGACUUAUAUGACCUAGAAACUGGAUUGAUAUUUUGGCUUUACAUGGCCCUAAAAGAGAUUUGAGCAUAGUUAAAGGUCCUAAAAACACUGUUAAUGGUAGAUUUUUUUCAGCUUUAUAUGUACGAUAUUUUCCCAAUGGUGAAGCUUGUGAUAGAGAAUGGCUUGUUUACUUAAAGGAGCUUGAUAGAGUAUUUUGCUUUUGUUGUAAGAUUUUUAACAAAGAGAAUGUAAAAGGUGCUUUAGUUUAUGAAGGAUUUUUUAACUGGAAUCAUACCGGAUUUGCACGAAUUUAACAGCUCUUAUAUUUUUUGACAUCUUUGUUAACCCUGUCAAUGGGCCUUUCACAUCGAUCUUCUGCUUCAUUCAUCAAAAUCAGUUCCAAAUUCAAACCCUACAGUAAAAAAAUACACCAAAAAUUUCCUAAACAGACUAAUUAUGCAAAAAGGUCAAAAGUUCAGGUGAGAAAUAAGUUUUUAAUCAAAAGCAGUAUAUCUUGGAGAACUAGAAUUGCUGAUAGUUUCCUAUUAAAAUAAUAGUUUAAACUAUGCUUCCCAUUGCAUUUGCUUAUUUUUUUGUCCUCUUAUUCCAGUAUAGUUUCAGCUAAAACCUAUAACGAGACAUCCUUUUUCUGGACAGUAAAACAACAAAAUGACAGGCAGCAAUAAAUCAAAUCAACUCCGUGCCAAAGGGAAUUCAUGUUAACAUACAAUCACUAACUAACUUUUGAUAAUGGCAUGAGAGUUUUUCUCUUACCCUCCUGAAGCCUGCAGAGACCGCUCCAUCAUUCUCUGAUGCAGCAAGUUCCUGCUCAACCUUCUCCAGACCUUUGCUAACAGCUUGCAUUUCUUCCGCCAAUGAUUUCAAUUGUAUCUAGUUUUUCAAGAAAAGUACAGAGCCACACAUUAAGUAAAUAUAUAUACUAUCCUCCUUUGUUUAAUUGUUACACUUCUCUCACAAAGCUCAUAUAAAAAUGAGAAGUGUAACAUUUAACAAAUAUAUAUACUUGCCUUGGUUGUACUACUGUGUUGCCUCUAUUAAACUUUAUGUGCAUUAUUUACUACUUUGUUGCUUCCAUUUGUUGAUCUUGUGACUUAUCAUCUACUUAUGCUAUGAUUUAUGUAGUUAUGGCGCGUCUUCAACAAUCGCCUAAGGACUUUAUUUUUUUUUGGUUUGCUAUGAAGCGAAGAAAAAUUAGAAGAGUAAUGAUGCUGAUUUUGAUUAGGAUAAUCCUCAUUUUUAGAAGAAGACUAAGAAUUAGGAUGUCUAAGCAACCUAGUCUGCAUAAUCCUAUCCAUAGAUUAGCACAUUUAGAUGGAAUGAUAGUGGAGAGUGAUAUUGCUUGCAUUGAGCAACUUAGGAUGGAUCGUCGCACGUUUAAUAUCUUCAUUUCAUUGGUUCGUGAAGUUAGAGGGUUAAGGGAUACUAAGAACAUGGUAGUGGAAGAAAUGGUUGCUAUAUUUUUGCAUCUACUUGCAUUUGAGGAGAAGAAUAGGGAAAUAAAAUAUGAUUUUCAACGGUCAGGAGAAACUAUAAGCAGACAUUUUAAUAAUGUGUUAAAAGCUGUGUUAAAGCUUUCGAGUUUGCUCCUCAAGAAACCUGAACCGAUUCCCGAGAAUAGCACAGAUGAAAGAUGGAAAUGGUUCAAGAAUUGUAUAGGUGCUAUUGAUGGGACUUUGAUUGAUGUAAAUGUGCCUGCGAUAGAUAAAUCACGUCAUAGGUCAAGAAAAAAUACCAUCUCAACAAAUGUUUUAGGAGCUUGUGCACCGAAUAUGCAAUUUAUAUAUGUUUUGGCGGGUUGGGAAGGUUCAGCUGCUGAUGGAAGAGUACUUCGAAGUGCUUUAAAUAGAAAUAAUGGAUUAAAAGUGGCUAGAGGUAAUUAUUAUCUAGGGGAUGCAGGAUAUAAACAUUGUGAUGGAUUUCUUGUACCUUAUAGAAGAACAAUUUAUCAUGAAUGGAGAAGGGGGUUGGAGCAACCACGCUCUAAGGAAGAGUUGUUCAAUAUGAGGCAUGCUUCAGCUAGAAAUGUGAUUGAACGAGCUUUUGGUUUGUUGAAAGUACGGUGGGAAGUUCUUGCCAAAGGCACCAAGUACCCUCUCAGCACUCAAAUAGAUAUAAUAUUGGCUUGUGUGUAUAUUCAUAACCUUAUUCGCCAACAAAUGAGCGUUGAUCCAAUGGAAGCUAUUUUAGAUGCAUAUAUGGAAGAGGAAGGAGAGAAUGAUGAAAUUGAAGAUGAUGGAGACUACAUUCAAAAUUGUGACGCAUCUGAAGAAUGGACUAACUUUAGAAACACAUUAGCUCAAGAUAUGUAUGAUGCAUUCUUGGCUAGGAGACAUUAGUAAUGGAUAGUUUCUUAUUUUAGUUGGUUUUUCAAUUUUUAGUCUUUUAGGACUAGCUUUUAUGUUGAACUACAAACGUAAGUUGUUUUUUAAUUGAUUAGUUAUAAAAUAUUCUUGUCUUACAAAGAUACUUUGGUAUUGUUUGCCACCAUUGUAUGACAGAUAUAUAAUAACUAACAUGGGUGAUGCGAUUCGAGGACGAGGAAAAAAAUAAGAGAAUGUGGACUUCAUUGAAAGAGAAUGCCCUUGUUGACAUUCUACUUGAGAUGCAGAAUUCAAAUUGGAAGUGUGACACAGGCUAUAGGACAGGUUAUCAGACAUAUAUUGAAAAGAAAAUGAAUGAGCGAUUUCCUUAUUGUGGAUUGAAGGGUAAGCCACAUAUUGAAUCCAAAAUUAAGAUUUUUAAGAGACAAAUGGGAUAUUCAGAAGCAAGUUAGUGGUUUUGGUUGGGAUGAUGCUACAAAAAUGGUAACUGGUGAGAAGGAAGUCUUUAUGGGAUGGGCUCAGGGAAAAGAUGGAGCUGCUGCUCUAUUUUGUAAACCGUUUCCUCUUUAUGACAAGCUUUGUGAGAUUUACGCCAAGGAUCGUGCCGGUGGAAGUAUGGUCAAGGGGCCCGGAGACGAUGAAGAAGGUGAUAAGAAUGAGGCUGAAAAGAAUGAUGAUGCUAUUAGCUCAACUCUAGUGAUUGGGCAAUCAAGUGGCCGAAGAGAUCGUAAGAGAAGAAGGGAAAUUGAAAAUGAAGAGCUUAGUGGGCUGGCCACUGCAUUGACAGCUUUGAUUGAUGUUGAAAAGGAGGCUACUUCAAUCAUGAUGGAUAUGAAGAAAUCAUUUUUACGAGAUGUGGAGAUAGGUGAGAAGAGAACCUUUUUGGAGUAUUGAGUAAUUUGCAAGAAUUGACACCAAUAGAAGUUGUCGAAGCUACCACAAUUAUUGGCUUAGAUGACAAGAAGGUGGAGAUAUUCUACAGUGUGCCGGAUGAGUCCAAAGUUAUGUUCGUUAAAUCUUUGCUAAAAUGAUAGUGUUGAUAGAUUUUAAAAAUAUUAUGAUGUAAAAUGGUUGAACUUUAGGUUAUAUUUUCUGUGUUGGUGAAAAUGUAGGUGUGUUUUAAAAAAGUAUGAACUUGGUAGUCACAAAAGGAAUGGACUUUUUAUCGUAA